UAGACGGUAUUCGACCCAGCAGGCCAAGCAGCUGGGGAGGUGGUCGCAAGACUCGUAGACGACCAGAACACAUCAAUCUCCGCCCCUCACAAAAAUGAGCGCAGCUUCCUCCGCGGGCUUGAAUGGCCAAGCUGCGGCUCUCAGCGCGGCUAGUCGGCCAGCUCCGAUGCAGAGAAUGCCUUCGCGGAUCACAGGCCCAACUGAGCCCGCUACUUCCGCGCCUCUCGGAGUCACUGCCGAAGAAAUGGUGUUGGACUUGGCAGAUGGCACCUCGUACAAAGGUAUCAGCUUCGGAGCAAAGAAGAGCAUCAGCGGAGAAUGCGUGUUUCAGACUGGUAUGGUAGGAUAUGUCGAGUCCCUCACAGAUCCUUCUUACGAAGGUCAGAUCUUGGUGCUCACUUUCCCCUUGGUGGGCAACUAUGGUGUGCCUUCUCGGAAAGAGGCAGAGUCAUCGAUCCAGUCUCUGCUGGCUUCUCCCUUCGAGUCCAGCCGCGUUCACAUUGCAGGUCUGGUCAUCUCGUACUACAGCCACGACUUUAGUCAUUACCUCGCUCAAUCGAGUCUGGGUCAAUGGCUCACUGAGCAAGGCGUGCCCGCAAUCUAUGGCAUCGACACGAGGGCUUUGACCAAACGCAUCCGCAGCAAGGGUAGCAUGCUCGCUAGAUUGCUCGCUCGACGAUCCGCCCAGGAAGUACAAGCGAUCAGGUCUACACUCGGACCAAGCGUGCCCACCACUCCUGCCGCCGAGCUUGCAGGCAAUCCACUCGCUCUGGCGCCGUGGCGAGCAGAGUUUGAAGACAUUCCCUUUGCCGAUCCGAACAGUCUGAACCUCGUGGCAAAGGUCAGUUUGAAGCAAGCUCACCUGUACACUCCGGCCAACACAAGCUCAGGUGGAUCUCUGGCCAAGGUGGCAUCGCCUCUUUUGCACCCCUCGGGUCGACCCAUUCGCAUUCUCGCCUUAGACGUCGGCAUGAAGUAUAACCAGAUUAGGUGCUUCACAAGCCGAGGCGCGGAACUGAAAGUCGUCCCUUGGGACCACGACUUCCUGAACGGCGAAGCGGAGCCUUUCGAUGGUCUCUUCAUCUCCAAUGGACCUGGUGACCCUACGAGCUGUGCGCCUACCAUCGCGCGCAUUAGCCAAUUGCUCAAGCGCACCGGAACCGACGCGAUUCCCGUCUUCGGCAUCUGCCUGGGCCAUCAGCUGCUGGCUCUGGCUGCUGGGGCGCAAACUGCCAAGAUGAAGUUUGGUAAUCGCGGGCACAAUAUACCGUGCACAGAUCAGCUCUCGGGACGCUGCUACAUCACUUCGCAGAAUCAUGGCUAUGCUGUCCAAGCCUCUAGUCUGCCAGGCGGCUGGAAUGAGCUCUUCGUCAACGCUAAUGACGGGUCCAACGAAGGCAUCUACAGCACGCAGGGACCCUUCUUCAGUGUACAGUUCCAUCCCGAAAGCACGCCUGGACCAAGAGACACCGAGUUCCUUUUCGAUGUCUUCCUCCGCAGUGUUGUUGACUGUGCCAUCCUCAAGUCUUCGGUAGGGGCUGCAGCAAAUGCGCUGAAGCUGCUGCCACCAGUGCCCUUCGUCGGCGGCAAAGCAGCGGACAAUGCAGCUCGGAACCCACGCGUCAAUGUUCGCAAAGUCCUGGUGCUGGGAUCCGGAGGUCUGUCCAUCGGCCAAGCUGGAGAGUUCGAUUACAGUGGAAGUCAGGCCAUCAAGGCCCUGAAGGAGGAGGGCCUCUACACCAUCUUGAUCAACCCCAACAUCGCUACCAUCCAGACAUCGGCCGGUCUCGCAGACAAAGUGUACUUUCUCCCAGUCACUCCGGAAUUUGUGCUCAAGCUGGUGCGUCACGAACGCCCAGAUGGCAUUUACGUCACUUUUGGCGGGCAGACUGCGCUCAACGUCGGUAUCGCGAUCAAGGAAGAGUUGGUAAAGAUGGGCGUGCGCAUUCUUGGUACACCGAUCGACACGAUCAUCACCACCGAGGACAGAGAACUUUUUGCGCGCUCAAUGGAACAGAUUGGAGAGCGAUGCGCGCCUUCAGCAAGUGCGGUCAAUUGGGAAGAGGCUUUGGCGGCAAGCAAAAGUAUCGGCUUCCCAGUCAUUGUUCGCGCUGCCUUCGCCCUUGGUGGUCUCGGAAGUGGAUUCGCCAAGAACGAAGACGAGCUGCGCAAGCUGUGCGUAGCGGCUUUUGCUAACUCGCCACAAGUGCUCGUCGAGAAGAGUAUGAAGGGCUGGAAGGAGGUCGAGUACGAGGUUGUGCGCGACUGCAGAGACAACACCAUUACAGUGUGCAACAUGGAAAACUUUGACCCUCUGGGUAUCCACACUGGGGAUUCUAUUGUCAUCGCGCCGUCGCAGACUCUCGACGACUCUGACUACAACAUGCUGCGCACUACGGCUGUCAACGUGAUCCGACACCUUGGCGUCGUUGGAGAGUGUAAUAUUCAAUAUGCGCUCAACCCCCACAGCAAAGAGUACUGCAUCAUUGAGGUGAACGCCAGACUGUCGCGCUCUUCUGCACUCGCCAGCAAAGCCACUGGCUAUCCGCUUGCCUUUAUCGCUGCGAAGCUUGGUCUGGGCAUUCCCCUAAACGAGAUCAGGAACAGCGUCACUCGCGAAACCUCGGCGUGCUUUGAGCCCAGCCUCGACUACGUGGUCUGCAAAUUUCCUCGAUGGGAUUUGCGCAAAUUCGUCCGAGUCAGCUCGAAGCUUGGCAGCUCGAUGAAGAGUGUCGGAGAGGUCAUGAGCAUCGGUCGAACCUUCGAAGAAGCCAUUCAAAAGGCUAUCCGGUCCAUCGACUUCCAGUUUGACGGCUUUGGCGAGAAUACCUACGCAGCCGAUUCUGAGAUUGACGAAGAGCUCGCAAACCCAACAGACAAGCGCAUGUUUGCUAUUGCUAACGCUUUCGCGAAAGGCUACACUGUCGACCAAGUCCACGAGGCCUCUUCUAUCGACCGUUGGUUUUUGCGCAAACUAAAGGGUCUUUCGGAUGCCGCCGUGAUUUUCCGCAAGUUCCAUGUGGGCAAUCUCCCUCCCGAGGUGCUCGUCCAGGCCAAGCAGCUCGGCUUCAGCGAUCGUCAGAUUGGCGGUUUCUUGGGAAGCACCGAGCUGGCUGUCCGAAGCCUCAGGAAGGAGCACGGCAUCGCACCUUUUGUCAAGCAGAUCGAUACCGUCGCAGCAGAAUUCCCCGCCUACACCAACUACCUCUACACUACCUACAAUGCUGCUGAGUCCGACGUCAGCUUCGAGGAUCGUGGAGUGAUGGUGCUGGGUUCGGGCGUUUACCGUAUUGGUAGCUCCGUCGAAUUUGACUGGUGCGCAGUCAGAGCUAUCCGCACUUUGCGCCAGCGCGGCUUCAAGACUGUCAUGGUCAAUUACAAUCCUGAGACGGUGUCGACGGAUUACGAUGAAGCAGACAGGCUCUACUUUGAGAACAUCUCGCUCGAGACGGUCCUCGACAUCUAUGAUGCCGAGAAAGCUACCGGUGUGAUCAUCUCGAUGGGCGGCCAGACACCGAACAACAUUGCGCUGCCCCUGCAUCGUCAAAACGUCAAGAUUCUAGGCACCUCGCCCGAGAUGAUCGACAUGGCCGAGAACAGAUACAAAUUUUCGCGUAUGCUUGACAAGAUUGGAGUCGACCAACCGCUCUGGAAGGAGCUCACAAGCUUUGAAGAAGCACACGAAGCUUGCGCGCGAUUUGGGUAUCCCGUCCUUGUCAGGCCGUCUUACGUACUCAGCGGAGCAGCGAUGAACGUCGUGUACUCGCCGGAAGAUCUCAGCAGCUACCUUGGCCAAGCCGCCGCAGUCAACCGCGACCAUCCAGUGGUCAUCACCAAGUACCUUGAAGGUGCGAAGGAAAUCGAGAUGGACGCCGUUGCCCGCGACGGAAAGAUGAUGAUGCACUUUGUCUCCGAGCACGUCGAAAACGCCGGUGUCCACUCUGGAGAUGCCACGCUCAUCCUUCCGCCCCAAGACCUUGACCCUGAGACUGUGCGCCGCAUCGAGGUGGCCACAGCAAAGAUUGCGGCAAGUUUGCACGUCACGGGUCCGUUCAACAUUCAAUUCAUCGCCAAAAAUAACGAAAUCAAGGUGAUCGAAUGCAAUGUCCGGGCGGCACGCUCUUUCCCCUUCGUUUCCAAAGUCUCGGGCGUCGACGCCAUUCAGAUGGCUACGGACAUCAUGCUGGGCCUUCCGGUCGACCCUUAUCCACCUCUGCAGAUGCCCUCUGGCGGUUAUGUGGGCGUCAAGGUGCCUCAGUUCUCCUUCUCACGUCUCGCCGGCGCGGACCCUAUUCUUGGUGUCGAGAUGGCAUCGACCGGAGAAGUCGCUUGCAUGGGUCGCAACAAGUACGACGCCUACCUGAAGGCCAUGAUUGCGUCAGGUAUCAAGCUGCCCACCAAGAAUGUCCUGCUCUCUAUCGGAUCGUUCAGCGAGAAGCAGGAGCUGCUACCUGCUGUGCGCACCCUACAUGCUCUGGGAUUCAACCUCUAUGGUUCUUCGGGCUCAGCCGACUUCUAUUCCGAGCAUGGCGUCCCUGUCAUUCACCUCGAGGCUCUUCCGGAGGACGAUGAGUGGAAGGGCGAAGAGGGCAGCAAGGCGGCAUACUCGUUGCUCACUCAUUUGGAUCAAGGCCUUUCUUCAUUAUUCAUCAGCUUGCCCUCAAAGAACAAAUAUCGCCGACCUGUCAAUUUCACUUCUAUGGGCUACAGAGCUCGUCGCUUGGCCAUCGACCGCAGCAUCCCUCUGAUCACCAACGUUAAGAACGCCAAGCUCUUCGUUGAGGCUAUCGCGAGACAUCGUGCUGCUGGAGCCAACUUCCAAAUCGCGAGCGUCGAUUUCAAAACGAGCCAUAAGAGCCACAUUCUCCCAGGUCUGGUCAACGUUGCUGCUUACGUGCCUAGCUUGGCAGAUCCGCAAGCGGGCGCGCGUGACCUCGCGGCUGUCACAAAGGCCUCUCUGGCCAACGGUUUCACCACAAUUCAGGUGUUGCCCAUGGGCCUGAGAUUUGGCAACGCAGCCAAUGGUAUCUACGACGAAGCCUCCCUGGCAACCGCCGAGGGCAAGGUGCCUGGCGCGGCUCACUGCGAUGUCGCUCUGUCGAUUGCGGCAUCUUCAGAAAACGCUACUGAGCUGCAGGGCAUCUCAUCGCGCGCUCGCGCGCUAGUCGUCUCUCCCGACGCACUUGGCAGCGACGCUGGAAAGGUGGCAGCCAUUUCGGCUCACUUUGCAAGCUGGCCAGAGGCUCGUCCAAUCAUCACGGAUGCUCACGGCAGUGACUUGGCUUCUGUGCUGCUGCUCGCAAACCUUCAUGGCCGAAGCGUGCACGUUACAGGAGUCAUGAGGCGUGACGACAUUGGUCUGAUUGCGCUGAGCAAGAGCAAGGGCAUGAAGGUCACUUGCGACGUCGCCGUCUACUCCCUCUUCUUCUCCACGGAGAUGUACCCCCAAGCUAGCUGCCUUCCCGGCGCUGAGGAUCAAGCCGCGCUGUGGGACAACUUAGAGACCAUCGACGUCUUCUCGGUCGGCAACACCCCGUACCGACUUGCUCUGGAGCUAGGCGAGGUUCCGUCGCCAGUGACAGGUAUUCAGGAGACGUUGCGACUGCUCCUCGACGCGGUUAAUGAACACCGAUUGACGCUCGACGAUGUCAUUGCACGUCUGAGCACCAAUCCCAGAGAGAUCUUCUCGUUUGCUGACCAGCCGGACACGCGCAUCGAGGUGGAUGUUGAUAGACCUGCAGUGCUUCUCAAGCAGUCGCACUGGUCUCCGUUGGAUGGACGCUCGACCGUCGGAUUCAUCCAUCGCGUCAUUGUGCGCGGCAAGGACCUCGUGGUCGAUGGCGAGAGCUUGUCGGAUGGCGGGGUCGGCGCAAACGUCUCGGGGAUCCUUGGCGUACCCUCGUCCAAAGCCGUCACAGCCGCAAAGGGUACCUCUGCCCUUCGCAGAGUAUCGUUCUCCUCGAGCACAGCUGCAGGGCUGCGAAGCGGCACCUUGGGAUCUGCGAUCGAGCCGCCAUCUUCUCCUCCCGCCCUCGCCCUCGGUGAUGCCAAGUCGCCGGUCGUUGGCUCUACGGAUCUUGUGUCCGUUUCCCAGAGACAGAGUCUCAUGUCCACGCUAGCGGCCGGCGAUCUCACAUCGACUCCUGCUCUCGAUGCUCGACUCCCAUCCAUCCGAUCGAUGCUAGUCCACCCCACCUUCACACGUCGCCACAUCCUUAGCGCAAGGCAAUUCAGUCGCGAUGAUCUCCACGCGCUGUUCACGGUCACUGCAGAGCUGCGCUUGCAGGUCGAGCGCCAUGGCGUCAUCGAUGUGUUGAAGGGACGCGUUCUCACCACGCUCUUCUACGAGGAAAGCACGCGCACAUCGUGCUCCUUCGAAGCAGCCAUGACGCGCGGCGGAGGCAACGUCGUAGCAGUGAACACGUCUAGGUCGAGCGUGCAAAAGGGAGAAAGCCUGGCGGACACGAUCCGUACGGUCGGCGCGUACACAGACGCAGUGGUCUUGCGGCACCCCAACAUCGGAAGCGCAGAAGAGGCGGCAAAAGCAAGCCCAGUGCCCAUUCUGAAUGCGGGCGAUGGCGCCGGCUCGCACCCGACUCAAGCGCUCUUGGACAUCUACACGAUCCGCGAAGAACUGGGAACGGUAUCUGGUUUGACGGUUACGUUGCUUGGCGAUCUGAAAAAUGGCCGCACCGUUCACGCGCUGGUCGACCUGCUGGCGCUUUACGGAGCCACACUCAAUUACGUCGCUCCUCCUGGUCUUGGCAUGCCAGAAGAGAUCAAGCGCGCCUUGGCCAAGAAAGGUGUGCGUCAGUAUGAGACACAGAAUGUGGAGGACGUCAUCUCUUCCACAGAUGUGCUAUACGUCACUCGCAUCCAGAAGGAACGCUUCGCGACGACCGAAGCAUACGAGGCGGUCAAGGGUAGCUACAUCGUCGAUCAACGUCUGCUCAGCCGAGCCAAGAGGCAAAUGGUGGUGCUGCAUCCCUUGCCACGCAACGAGGAGCUCAGCGAAGACGUAGUGUUUGAUGAACGUUGCGCUAUCUGGAGACAGGUCAAGAACGGUCUCUACGUGAGACUAGCACUGCUCGCUAUGGUGCUCGCGUAGCCAUGCACGCUCGCGGCCCCACUGCGAGAGGUUUGCGCAAAAAUCGACAAAAAAAUAGCUCACCUCUUCCUCAUCUCGAAAUUCACCUGUUUAAACAUCGAUACGUUCGCUCGCGAUUUGUAAAUCUCCGCGAAUCGAAAGGCGAUC